AUGCCUAUUCAAUGGGACCGCGAGGCAGACGCAAAGCUCAUUACGGCGUUAGCCACAACUGGCAUACCCGAUUUUGAAGCUGUCGCUCAAGCGAUGGGCGAAGGAGUCACUGUAUCUGCGAUAAAGCAUCGCUUGGUUCGAAUCCGAGAUGCAGCUGGGAUUCCAUCUGCUCGUGAGGCCAAGAAAAAAGACAAUUCCAGCAUCGCCAACCCAAGCACCUUUACUGAGCUCCACACUUCCGCCAAAGCCAAGUCCCCUGAUAAUGGUCACUCAUUCAAGUCCACUUUCACCACCGCCAACAAUAAGCGCCGUAGGCUGAAGAACCCUGCCUCUACCGGUCUUGUUCCCGCGGGAAAGGGUAUGAAAGCCAAGCCUGGUGCAUGUACAGCGUCUUCUGUUGCCCGUUCCUGGAGUAGAAAGACUGUUCUGCAGUCUCCUAUACCUGAGGAUGAGAGUGAUGAGUGCAGUCAAAAAAUUGAAGAGAAGGAUACUGAGUUACGAGGAUAUGAUAGCUGCUGA